CAGCAGUCAAGAUGGACGUGGGCACGUUGCUGCGAGUGUCAAAGGAAGGGGGCGAGGCAGCGCAGGCUGUCGCCGAGCAGCGCGAGACCAUCUUGUUCUUGCUCAACACGGCACUGAGUGCCAACAAGACACACAAGGCACAAGACCACCAACAGCAGCAACCAGCGGAGGAGCAGCUGGCAGCUGUGCGUGCGCUGCGCAACUUCUGCCAAUUCGGCAGCCAUGUACAACAUGCCAUCACGGAGGAUGCAGCGCAACUGAGGCAGCUGGCACGCAAGGCCGCUUUUCACGUGAGGCGUGCUGAUGGUGUGGAUAACACGGUGUUCUCAACAACUCACGAGCAGGAACAACAACAACAACAGCAGCAGCAGCAGCAGCAGCAGCAACAGCAACAGCAGGAACAGGAGCAAGCCUGCGACAAUGAAGGCAGGACGUAUGGCUUCGCCACUGAGGAGACCUUUACAGCAAGCGAGCACGAAGCCUUGGCCAAGGCGUGCUUUCAGUGUCUGGCAAACUCAUGUGCGGGCAACCCAGCUGCGCAAGAAGCCGUGUGGCAGGCCGCCUUUCCACAAACACUGAGCGCCGGCGUUGCUUCAGCAAUCCCCAUCGUGAAGACAGCAGCGACCAUGAUCACAUAUACAUGCAUCAACUCGCACAGCCACUUACUGGAGCAGCUGUGCAGCGAGCACGCGGUGCUGGCCGCACACGUUGUACUGCAACUGGAGACUGUCGGCGACGAUAAAGAUGACCAGGGUGGUGAGAGCGGUGUGCGGCGGCAACAAAGCCACGAUCGAGACUGGGCCAUUUUCUUCGUGGAGGCACUCGUUGGCAGCCCACACUUUGCAUUACUGAUGCGCUCCGUGGUGCAGCUCGGACAACAACAGCAGCAGCAGCACAGUGCUGACAGUGGUGAGGCAGAUGAUGAAGAAAGCGAUGAGAAAGCGAGAGGUGAAAACGCCCAGACGGACGGCAGGGACGAUGAGACCAGCAAUGGAGACGAGGAGAAGAAGGACGAUGAGAAAGAUGAGAAGGCGAAACAGCACGACAAGCAGCAGGAAGAUGAACAACACAGGCAACAGCAUGAAGAUGGAAGUGGUCAUGGCGAGCGUGGAUCUACGAGCCGAUAUGAGAGUGCACGCGGCGUUCAGGCAAAGACGGCUGUCCUCAAGUUCUUGGAGGCACGCACCAGCGCACCCAUGCUGGCGCUGGUGGUGGACGGGACCUUGGACGCCAGUGACACAGCUGCGCACGAGAAUGCAGAACAGUUUCACAUCUCUUCAACUGCCAUCGCAUACCUCAAGCAGAAGUUCCAAGAGCUCUCCUUUCUGGCUGGGGACGAGGAGUGGUGGACAGAUACGCAACAGCGUGCCGCUGCGUUGCACUUUCUGCUCAUCACGCGCACACUCGCGAACCUCGCCAAGUUCACUUCCACCAACUUGCGUCGCGAUAUUGGACAGGGUGGUGUUAUCUCCGCUGCUGUUGAUCUCCUCGCUGCCUGCCGCUCAUGGAAGCAUCGAACGACAGCAGCAAAGAAGAGCACAGCAACAGCAACAGCAACAGCAACAGCCAACGCAACAGCCACAGCCACGACGGCUGCUACUUCUUCGGCACCUACUACUGCCACGACGAAUCAGGCCUCAACGGCAACGGCUGCGACCAAUGAUGAUGGCGGUGACGGCGUGUUUCCGUCGUUUGCAAAGGGCAUGGUGCGGGAUGUGAUCCGGCUCAUUGCCAACCUCGCUUACCUCUGCCGCGCCAACCAGGACACGUUCAGGCAACUCGAAGGAUUUCCGCCUCUGCUGGAGCGAUUCUUGCACGAUGACAACAACCCGUUCAUUCGAGAGUGGGCGACAGUGGCCGUUCGAAACCUGUGCGAGGGCAACGAGGACAACCAAGCCUUGCUCCGUGCAACCGAGCGCGUUCCAAAGGACGUCAUUAACAAAGAGGAACUGCAAUCCAUCUAUGGGGUGGACGUUGAGAUUGACGAGGCCUCUGGGCGAUUGCGUGUCAAGCAAACGCAACGAAAAUGAUCCAAGCUGUUCGGGCAUCGGUGGGUGUAUGUCUUCUGAGCAUUGUGAUAGCCUCUUCCCUGUGUGACAUGGCAAGCUGUUGUGUGUCACAAGCGCCACACAAGCGCCACACAACACACACAUCGAUUGUCACAACAUGAUGACACCGCCCACCGGCCUUCCGACACCAUAAAUCUCAAGGCCGCC